AUGGCGGGGAGGGGACACCGGGGCUGUCCCCGCAGUGAGCUGCCUGACUACGCCGCCAUCGUCCCGGUGCUGCUGGAGCACGGGCUGGAGCAGCUGCCCAAGCACUGCGGCAUCACCCCAGGUGUCCCCCUGAAGCCCAUGCUGGCCCAGCCUGCCCGUGGCGUGGGGGAGCUGCUGAAGCGCUUCGAGGAGGCAGCGUUCACCUGCGAGUAUAAAUACGACGGCGAGCGAGCCCAGAUCCAUGUCCUGGAGAGCGGGGCCGUCUUCGUCUACAGCCGCAACCAGGAAAACACCACCGCCAAGUACCCCGACCUCGUGGACCGCAUCCCCAAGGCAGUGUCCAGCCAGCGCCGUGACACCCCCGUUCCCUUCUAAACCCCCCCCGCAACGUGUCCCACCCCACCGCAGGACGUAGACGCCGCUGCCAUCAAGGUGCAGGUCUGCCUCUAUGCCUUUGACCUGCUCUACCUCAACGGGGAGCCGCUGGUGCGGCAGCCCCUGGCUGCGCGGCGCAAGCUUCUGCGGCAGUCCUUCGAGGAGGUGGAGGGCGAGUUCGUCUUCGCCACCGCCGCGGACACCCGCAGCGCCGAGGAGGUCUCGGAGUUCCUCGACAAGGCCAUCAAGGCCUCCUGCGAGGGCCUGAUGGUGAAGACCCUGGAGGUGGACGCCACCUACGAGAUCGCCAAGCGGUCGCACAAGUGGUUGAAGCUGAAGAAGGACUACCUGGAUGGGCUUGGGGACACGCUGGACCUGGUGGUCAUUGGCGCCUACCUGGGCAAGGGCAAGCGUGCAGGCAUCUACGGGGGCUUCCUGCUGGCCUGCUACGACGAGGAGAGCGAGGAGUACCAGAGCAUCUGCAAGAUCGGCACCGGUUUCACAGAGGAGAGCCUGGAGAAGCACUACGGCUUCCUCAAGGAGCACGUGCUGGCCCAGCCGCGUCCCUAUUACCGCUGGGACAGCGGGGCGGCCCCCGACCGCUGGCUGGCGGCGGUGCAGGUCUGGGAGGUGAAGUGCGGGGACCUCUCCAUCUCCCCAGUCUAUAGGGCAGCCGUGGGGCUGGUGGACGAGGAGAAGGGCAUCUCGCUGCGCUUCCCCCGGUUCCUUCGUGUGCGGGAGGACAAGAAGCCCGAGGAGGCCACCAGCAGCACCCAGGUGGCUGAGCUGUACAAGAAGCAGCAGCAGAUCCAGAACCAGCAGCAGGCAGAGAAAGGGGAGGACGAGGAGUUUUACUGAGAUACCACGGCCCCUGUAGGGCCCCUCCAGGCCCCCCCUACCAUGGGGGGCACAGGGUGGGGACACUGGGGCCUGACCUUGCUCUGUCCCUGAAGGCAUGCGUGUGGCUACCCUGGGGACAGGGACACUGGGACUUGGUGUCACUCCAGGCAGGGCCAGGUCCCUGCCCCUUUACCCGCCCCCCCCCCCCCCCAAGACCACCCUGCCUUCCCCUUUUGGGGGUCCCUGCAUGCUUCCCAUCAGGGACUGGGAUGCACAGAUGUGGUCACCCUCUAUCUCUGGGGUCCCCCUGCCCCUCUCCUCCAUAACAGGGACCCUAGGAUCUACCUCCCUAGUCCCCCAUCUUAGGGGGUCCCGGGGGUCCCCCUCCACCCCUCGGGUCCCCCCUCCCUGCCCCUUCUCCAGGAUAGGGACCCCCCCCCAUACAUAGCCCUUCUUCCCCAGGGUCCCCAUGUCCAUCCCCUCCAGCCUGGAGUCCCUAGGGCCUGAUCAUGCCCAGGCUACCCGUCUCCCCCCCCCUCCUUGUGUCCUCGUAUACCUCCCUGCUGGGACAGGGAUGCUAGAACACGGCCAUCCUCCGUCCCUCGUGUCCCCACAUCCCUCUCCUCCAGCAAGGGGACCCCAGGGCGUGACCCUGCCCCGUCCCCAUGUGCUUGUGGCCGGGGGCUGUGGUCCACCUUCAUCCCCAGGGUCCCCAAGUGCUUCCCCUUCAUCCCCAGGGUCCCCAAGUGCCUCUCAUGGACAGCAUCCCCUCACCCAUCCCCUCUGCUACCGUGUCCCUGAGGAGCUGCCCCUAAUAAAGCCAGGGGCUCUUUCUUUUCUAA